GUUUGUGUUUGGUUGAGUGUUUAACACUGUGUUGCGAUCCGCCGAACGAGGCGUUUGUGUGAACAUGAAGGGUUUUAUACUUGUUAGUGUUGUUCUCAACCUGGGUUUGUGUUAUGCCUAUCCCGGUAGCCAAGGCGUAGGCGCUUACGCAUACCAGGACUCAGCCGGCAACAGGUACGGCGGUACUUACGACCUGGACUCCAUUCCAGCCGAAUCCAACUUCAUCACUCCAUUCAACGACUUCCAGGACGACUUCUUUCCCGCGUAUUUUAAGAAUUUCCAGAAGUUCAUAGAACAGCAAUUUGGUUCUCAUAUAACGAGCCAAAGAUUCCCACACCCUAAGCGGUAUAUCCCGACUCCACAGAGAGUGCCAUUUACGCCUUUCUUCAGGUUGCCAAACUACGGAGGGUUCUCUAGCGUGGAGCCAAUUCAACCCAUACAGCCUAUACAGCCUAUUCAGCCAAUUCAGCCUUUACAGCCUAAAUUCGGGAUGAAUUUUGGCAACAACUUUGCGUCGAACUCGGCAUUCGCUGGGGCCUCGGCUGGACCGGGAGGGGUACACCAGGUAGCUGCUAUAGACCCGCCAGGCAGUAAUACCCAGAACAUCGACGUGAGCCGGGCAGCGGCCCCGGGAUCCAACUUCUACGGAGUGUCGUCCUCGUCGUAUGCUUCGUCGUCCAACGUCAACGGCAAAGUCACCGGCACACGGCGAGCGGAGACCGUCGUCAACGAGAACGGCAAAGUUACCAAAUACAAAGUCGAGGAAUAACUUACUAAGUUUGUAGAGAUUAUUUCUUAGGCAGAUGACGGGUUAUGUCAAUAUUAGAGCGCUUACAGACGAACGGCACUUGUAGACGGCACGCGUCGACAGUAGUCGACCGCAGCCGUCGACAGUUGACGGCUGGCGUCAACGCGUGCCGUCGACAAGUGCCGUUCAUCUGUAAAAAGCUAGUCGGGACUAUCGUCGGCUGAGAUUGACAUAACCCGAACAAAUAACGUAGGUCAUCUGCCUACGAAUCUCCGAUAACACAAGGCCCAAGGGGAAAAUUCAUAAGGAAAAUCAUAAGAAAGAUGUUAGUGGUCAUACAAAAAAUUUAUAAAGCAAAGUUGAUAGCGAAAUUAGAAGUCUACUAAAACAAUUCUGAUUUUUAACUUCACUGUAUGUCGAACCCAAAUGUAACUUGACAAAAUAUGUGUUUGUAUGUCCCUGCUUAUUAUAUAAAUUAAUAAUUAUAAAGGAAAGGCUACGGUGCCAUCAGAGUAAGUCCUGUCUUUGGCGUAAGAGUUGUGUCAGGUGUAAAACCACCUCUUGCCCAUGUACUCUAAAAUAUAAGGCAUAAGAUAAUGUAUUAACGCCACGAGAUUAAAAAGUUUAAUGCGAGUGUAAACGCUAGGCUGUGAUUCCGAAAUUAUUUAAUAAAAGUGGUGUUAUUAUUCUA